AUGUAUAUGGCCUGCAAAGACAACGACUGCUUCCCGGGAGAGCUUCCUGUUGAUGACCACGACAGAAACGUCUCCGUCCAUGCCAUCCUGGGAGGUCUGGGUCUUCUUACCGAUGGCAUGCUACCAUUCAACGCUCCAGCUUCACCCAGCGAAAAAUCCGGCUCGAGACGUCAAUCACAAAGCCACGUCUCUAGUCAGCCCCCACGAAACAACUCCGGAAGCUGCAACCCAAGCAUGGAUCAUGUUGAUGCCUCAACUCUCAACAGCACCAGCGCCUUGCUUUCUAGCAAUUCUGGCCAUUCUGGCCAUUCUGCCCGUUCGUCAACCUCACACCACAGCUUCCAUAAUUUUUCCGUGUCUCCUAACACGCAAACACAUUCCCUCGACUCAAGUCAUCAAAGUCAUGACAUGGGGCCGCCUUUCCUGCACAAUUUUGACUACCUCUCUUUUGGUUCCCAAAACAGCCAUAUACCGAUGGUCACUUUGGCUGGCACAAACAUGAAUGGCACGCAGCUAUUACGGAAUGACUUUUUUUUCCCAUGGCCGGCCACUUCCGUUGCAGCGAUGGAUACAACAGGCUAUCACCAAUGA